GAUGUGACAUUUUGGCGGGAGAAAACAAGAUUUCGUAACUUCUGACAAGUCAGGUGUAUUCACUCAACGUUCAAACAAAAAAAGACAACUUGCAGUAUGUUGGACAGCUAUACUGGGCUAUUUCCUGCUUGCCAGGCAUACACAGAUAAGUUAAUACUGCAUCCAUGGCUUGUACUAUAUGGAUAGAAAUCACAAGAACUGCCCAGAUUGUAAAGUUGCAAGAGCUAAGAUGUAUUCCGGUGGUGAUAUUUCGGGAACACCUGACAGGCAGCAGCAAGAGAAGAGACGGUCCUUCCUGCAGCAGCCAAAAUCAUACAUUUCGAGACUACCUGGUCCUUCUACUACCUACAGUUCACCUAUAUCUACAGGUGCUGUAGAGGCUGAAACUCCAAAAACACAGCCAAUUCCUAUACCUCAGACUAGUCCCAGUCAAAAUACUGCACCUGACCCUGUUGAACCCCAGGAAUUCUUUAUAGGGGAUAGAGUUACAAUCAGUGGAGUGAAGACUGGAACCCUGCUUUAUUUCGGUAAUUUUCAUCUUGCUCCUGGGUUAUGGUGCGGUAUUGCUAUUGAUGAAGCAGAUGGGACACAUGAUGGAUUAGUUGGUGACGUGAGGUACUUCACUUGUAGAAAGGGUCAUGGAAUUUUCGCACCAGUUGAAAGGGUAGCUCACUUGGAUCAUAAAGCUAUUCAAGCAAUUGUUAAAUCUCCGGUCAAAGUUUCCCAGCUUCCUAGUAAGAGUAAGCUAUGUCAUGUUAGUCCAAUAAGCGAUGAAAUAGGUUAUCAAAACAGGUCUAGUGAAUUUGUUGAUGAAUGCGAGGAAGUGGAUGAAGACAUUCUAGGACUUGAUGAAAAUGGUAUAAUACGUGACGAUGAUGAUGAGGAUAGUUCAUUAAGGGAAAUAGAUAGGCCUAAAAGAAAAUUACCAAAGUUACCGCGGCCUGCAUCACAUGCUUAUUCAAGGUUACAUUAUGUGCGGCGGGAUUUAGUGACUAGUAAAAAUAUUGAAGAAAAUAUUUUGGAAGAAGGUUUAGAUAGCCAGCAUACAAUUUCAUCUGAUGGUGAAGACACUGAUGGAACUAGCUCUAAUAUUGAUGAAAAAAUUGAAUUACAGAAUUCCGCUGGUGGAAGCUCGGGUGGUGAAGAUUCUUGGAGUUUAAAUAAGGAUUAUAUAGCAAUGUGUGACGGUAAAGCACAGUAUCUUAAUAUAACAUUUGAUGGUGAAUCUGAAAGUAAAACAUCAACACAGGAACCAUCCGAAGAAUCUCCUUCACCAGAAUUUAUCUUUGACCAGGAGAUGAUAGAAGAUGGAGAAUUUGCAUCAGCUCCAAUGGAGAUGAGUAGAGAUUCUAGUCUUGGACUGAUUUCAAGCUUUUCACUUGAUAAAAAUGAUUUACUUAAUGAGAUAUUUGGAAAUGAAGAUGAAGAAGACUUAGCUACCUCUCAAGGUACGUUAGAACCAAUGUCAGAAGAUAAAGACAUUACCCCAGAGAAACAAGAUGAUUUAAACAUGUCUGUUGAAUUUGAUGAAACAGAUUUAGCAGGAGUUUCUACACCAUAUAUAGAAAAUAAACCACGCUUGAGAAGUAGUGUGAAUCUGAAUUCAACAUACACCCAAGAUGACAUUGAUUCUAAUAACAGACCUGAAAACAAAGGUCUGAAUUCGACAUACACACAAGAGGACAUAAAAACUAAAAAUGAAGCCUUAAACUCCACUUUUACAAAAGAAGAUAGUAACAUAAAAUCUAGUCAGUCAAAUAUUGGUGUUCAACAAAAUUUGAAUGGUACUUUCACUUUAGAUGAUAAAAAUGAACAAAUAAGAGAACUAACUGAAAACACUGUGAUUAGCAAUAAAUCUGAACUUCUUGAUAAAGUUGCUAUGACAGAUUCGGGCAUCUCUAUGAGAGGGUCAAUGACGGAUUCAGCAAUAUCUGUGCAUUCUAAUAGAAAUUCACUUGUAGAGUCAAGUGUGUCACUUAAAGGUUCCUUGAUGGAACCUGGUAUAAGGCGGAGCAUGUUAGAUUCUGGGAUUGUUGUUCAAAGUGCUAUGUUAGAUUCAAACCUUGCACCGAGGAAUGAAAUUAACCAGAAAGGUGUUGAUAGUGUCAAUGAUAAAAUGGAUGGGGGUGAAGAUAGGGAGAAUAGAUGUAGUGUUGAAAGUGAUGUAACAGUGAAAAACGAAAGUGUAGGAUUAGGAAGUGAGAUAAUACAUAAAGAUAUGGAUGAUCGAAAGUUGAUACAGGACUUGAGUGAGGGGCACAACAAAAAGGAUAGGCCUAUAUCAUUUCUGUCAACCACCAGUGCUGAUACAGGUUAUGCACCGGAUACUGACUCUGAGAUAGGAACUUUGACCUUGAACUCUCCCCAAGAAUGGCUGGACAAAGGUUUCCAUGGUCACUUCCCAGAACGUGCAGAUUCUGUCCACAAAAAUCUUAUCGAGGAUUUCAGAGAUGUAACAAAGCUUGGUCCAGUACCUGUAGAAUCAGAUAGUGACUUUGGAACAAUGACAGGAGACACUGAUACUGAGAAUGAGAGAAAUGAGUACCUGAGAUCAGAAGGGGUUGCCAUGGACAACAUACAAGAGACUGAGGAGUCUGAGGACGAAAUCACCCAGGUGGAAGAUAUAAAGGCAUUAAACUCUACCGUGACACUAGAAAGCAAGCAGAAUGAUACACUUACCGGAGAUGGUGAGACUGACUCAACUUUUACCCUUAAUGAAUCUAAUACUGAAAACUCUGAGGAUAAAAAUGACACAGAGGAAAAUGUACCUAUUGUAAACAUUACUAUUGAAGAUAAAGAAGAUGAGAAGAAAACUGAGCAAGAUAAGAAUGAUAAAAAGAAAAAUGAAAAACAAAAGACUCCAAAGAAAAAGAAGUUUAAUGUAGUUAAAGAUUUCAAGAAACCAAAUACAACAAAUGUGGUAUCUAAGUUGUCAGAGUAUUUAAAAGCACCACUUCCAGUUAAACCUAAAGAAGACAAGAGUAACACAGAGGAGUUUAAAAAUAAAAGAAACUCGUUACGUGGUAAAAUUGAUUUGUCAAAAGUUACUAGUAAAAUUGCAAACAAAAGUGUAAUAGAAGAACCCAAGAAAACAAAUGGAGAAAUUGAAAAAGAGGCAGAGAUUGUUGUUGAAAAAGAACCAGUAAAGAAAAUCAAGAGAACCCCACCUAAAAGUAAAUGGGAUGCAAUUAUGUCUCAAAUAGAUAACAAAAAAGAUCAAGUAAAACCAAAGACAGAAGUAAAGAGUAAAGUAGAAGCUUUUACCCAUAUUCCUCCUCCAGCCCCACCUAAGGAGAAAGAGAUACCCAAACCUAAAAAAAGAAUUUCAUCUGCUAUACCUGACUACAGCAAAGUUCAAAGCAAAUUGAAAUACACAGCCCCUCCACCAAAACCAAAGGUAGACGAGUCUCCAAAUAGAAAAAGUACUGCUUCACCUAAUAGAAAAAAGAAUGAACUUAAUAAACCUGUGAGUGACUCUCCAAGAAAUAAACUUGAUACCUCAAAAAGUAGUUCUCCAAACAGAAAAAGUAAGGAUUCAUCUCCAUCCAGAGAUAAGGAAAACAUAGACAAGAACAGAAGGUCAAGCAGUAUUAUAAAGAAUGACAGAGUUAGGAAUCUGUCAGGAGAUUCAGUGAGGAGACCAUCAAUAAAAGAUAAGGCGGUUCAUAUUGACCUUGCAGACUCUCUGGAUGGACGGGGAAGUGUGACUGGUACUGGGUCUGUUCUAAGCUCCAGACAAAGUAGCAGGACAGACAUGAGUACCACUGAAGAUGAUGUAACAACACUAAAACAAUUACCGCAGAUUGAGCGGGCUAUGUCUUUACAAGAUAGGCGGGACAGCUCCAGUGCAUUUAGUGAAAUAUCAGAAUCUGGUUCCCAGGUUACAGCCCAAGAAAUGGAAAUGAAGAUACAGAAAGCUGCAGCCAAUCAGAAAAGGAGAAAGAGUGCACUCCUCCCACCUUCAAAUUCUUCCACGGAGAAGGCUGUCACAAGGCGGUCUCGCUCUGGCACAGCCUCACAAGAUGAUCAAAAUCGUAACAAAACGAGUAAAUGCAAGAAGGAUUCCAAAGAGAAGAACAAGCCCCCAGAAACAGUAUUAGCUGAUGUACAUACAAAGGAAGUACAAAGACUUGAGGCCCUGUGUGAGUCGAGGACAAAACAACUUAACAUGGUGAAACUUCAGUUACAGACAAGUAAUCUGGCUUUCGAUGGCAUGUCCUGUAUUGUCAACUACCUGGCUCAUGAUCUCGAUGGUUUCUCAGCCCCACAACUUGUUAAAGAGACAGAAAGCCUUAAAGAAGAGAUUAACAAUGAGAAAACUCAAAUAACAGGGUUGCAGGAACAAAAGUCCAAUCUGGAAGAAAUAAUCGCAAACCUCAAGGAGCAGCAUAAAGAUUAUGUAAAUAGUCUCGAAGCUGAGAGUGAGAAAUCACUGAAAUAUCAGAGAGACACUUUAAUAAGUGAACAUCAGGAUAUGAUGCGCGUCUUGAAAGAACAGAAAGCGUCAGAGAUAAAUGAGAUAAGAAAAUCUCACGAGGUAUAUAUAGCCCGGUUAGAAGAAGAACAUGCUGUUGCUGUAAAGAAGUUGCAGUUUCUACAUGGUGAAAGUAUCAAAACACUACAGACCAAACAAGAAAAUCAGAUGGAAGAGCACCACAAACAACACCAAGACAAGUUGGAAGAGAUAACUGGUAGAUUUGACAGCAUUAAACACUCACUCUCGGAGAAGGUAGAGACAUUACGCAGUGAAUGUGAUAGAUUACGAGACAGAGCACGGUCGUGUGAGGAAGCCUUACAAAGAGAUUCAGACUUUAAAGUUCAGUGUGCCCUAGCACCGUACAAGAAUCUACCUCAGGAGAUUGAAAGCCUUAAAACAGUACUGGAGAUGAGAAAUGAUGAAAUAAGUAAACUACGCAAUACAAAUACUGAACUCAAGAAAAAGCUUGAGGAACUGCCCAUUGCCCAGGAGAAGAUUAUAGGUCUUCAACAGAAGAAAGAAAACCUGGAAGCCAUAAUUAGUAUGAAAACUGACCAUGAAAAAGUUCUUCAUGAGAGAUGUCAAAACUUGAUGAGAAAGUAUGAUAAAGAAUCGCGUGCCAAUAAGAGACUGUCUAUGGAAUAUGAAGAACUUAUGUGGAAACUUUCAGAAUCUUUUAGUGAAACAGACUUAGGUUCUCAAGAAGCUCUGUUUUAUCAGAAGCUUGGAAUGUCACCAACUAGUGGCGGGGAUUCUAUGGGUCCAUUAAGCUCCCCUGGUAUGGGUCGUAAACUGCGCACACCACCAGGGUCUGAGAGUAGCCCGUCAAGGAGUCCUGGUUACAGACGUACCCUAUCUUCUAGUGUAGAUGAUAGGGAUGAGAAAAAAUUAAAGCGUAGAUCAGGUAAUUAUUUACUUGAUGAGAAGAAACAUCGUGCCACUAGUCCUUUAGCCAAACAGAACCCACUUACACAGUCCUGGUCCCCUGGUACACAGGAUGAAUCACCAAUUCGCACACAGAAAGGACGGUCAGGAAAUAAGAUGUCACAAUCAUGGUGUGUUGAUAUGGACCCAUCCGAUAAUUUGUUAGAUUCUGAAAGUAAAAUUCCCCGCAGUCAUUCAAGUAUGGACAAAAGUAAUAAACGGAGAGCAGCAUCUGAAGGACCAGAAAACGGGGAAAAUAGUGACUCUGACAAAGCUUUUGUUUCGCUUAAUGAUUCAAACAGUUCACGUGAACUUAAUGAAUCUGGACUCUCGGAUAGUUUGAGAUCUAACGGGAUUUCAGAGGCGGUGGAAGUGCCAUCUGCCUCAACGCCUAAAUCAGAGAGCAAAAAAGUGAAAAUGCAAACAAGUGAUGUGUUCAAUGAAGAAAAUAAAGUAAAUCCGGUGUCAGAACAUGUUCAGACUAAUGUAAAUGACUCGAUUAAAGUUCAAGAUAAAUCAAGUGUUAAAAAUGAAUUGAACACAUCUGGACAAAGUGCAAGUUUGUCAUCUAACACUGUAUCUUGUCCAGUUUCAAAACUGCCAACAAGGGUUGAUGAAAAAACAAGUAAAGAUGGUAAAUCUGGGAAAAGUCAUAGUACAGAAACAACAGUGUAAACUUAACACCUAGAUGUGCUGUCAAUAAUGCUGAAUGUAUAUGAUAUGAUAAUAAACUGAAAUAGAAACUAAGUUAUGAUUAUGAAAAAAAUCAUGGCCUAAGUACCAAUUACAGAUGCUAUGUUAAGCAUUAGAUUUUUUUUCCUCAAGAAUAUGUUACAAUUUUAAUUUCUUUUUGACAAUGCUAAAAAGAUAUGUAAAUUUUGAUGAUAAUUGUUUUAAUAGUAUCUUACCUUUAAAACAUAAAAGAAAAAAGGAAUGAAUGUAACAUUCCUUAUCUAGCUGACCAUAAAAGAACCACUUGUGAGUCUGUAGAAAACGAAUAUUACAAAAAACAACUCACCCAAUUUCUCAGAUGACAGACUUUUUCCUAAUAGGGACCAAUUCUUGCAUAUUUUAUGAUACAGUACUUCUUUAUGCUGAUUAUUCAUCAGGUAUGCAAAUGUAUAUUGUUAUGCUAUUUUGUAUGUUUAAUGUGUAAAAUGCGGUAUGAAAUAUGAAAUAGGCAAUGGAAGAACUAGUCCAAACUGGUUGUCUGCAAUGGAAGAAAUGGUCCGAACUGGUUGUGACUGGCCAUUAAAUCAACUAAGGUUUAAUAUACCUAAUUCUGUAAGCUUCAUAUCUAUAGAAAGUUAAUAAAAAGGUAAGUACUUGAAUAUAAUAUCAUGAAAACAAAUGCAAUGACUUUUUAUCUGUGAAGAACACAGUUUCUGGUUUAAAAUGCAGAAGAUAUAUGAAUGAGGGUGAGGAUUAAAAUGAAGUAAUUUUAUGUGCCAAAUACAUUUUGUAUUGUACUAGACGUGUAUAUCGUGCAUGAUCAUUGAGUUUUACAAUUUUUUUCCCAUUUUAUAACUUCUAAUACCUAUAUAAAAUCAUUAUCUAUUUAUGGCAUAUCUAUAUUCUCACAUACAUGUUCAUACAGUGAUCAGAGAAUUCCAGUCUUAAUGCUGCAAUAUAUCAAUUAGAGCUUUAUCAAUCACUGCCGCGGAAAACAUUAUCUUAUAUGCCUGGGGUAGUUGGUUUAUAUUUACAGUUUUCAUAAUGUUAAAGGGAUGUAGUGACAAGCAAUAUAUAGCCAAACUUACUACCAUAGACAUUCUUUCUACAUUUUGUAAAGUAUGAUUUUUUUCCAGUGUUUAAAUUUGUUGUGUUACUUUGAUUCAUAAAAAGGCCAACUGUCAAGAAAAAGGGACUUGACUCUCUUACAGAUUUGACAACAGUUAAGGAGUCAAUUUCAGUAGGAAUUAAGUUUAUGUAUUAAAAUCCAAUUUAAUAAACAUUCUGUGUUAAAAAGGAACUGUUGAUGACUUAGAAAGUCAUGUCAAGAUUUGUUUAUAAUGUAACAAUUUAAGUAAUAACACUAUUAUAACAGUAUGUAGAAAAUUGUCAAAUCAUAAGAAAAGGGCAUCAGAAAUAUAAAAACUUACCUCAUUUUUAUUUGUCUCCAUUUCAAUGUAUGUUUGUCUUUAAAAUAUCAUAGAAUAUACUGUGUUUGUUAUAUUUCUGCUGACGAAAACUCACUAUAUACUACUUUUACCAGGUACAUAUAUAUAAUAUAUUGAUGAACUCGCAAGGUAGUGAUGCAGGUGAAAUGCCGCUAUCAUUUACUUAUGUUGAA